CGCGGCUCUUCCGGCAACAAACCCCGCGCCAGCCCCGGAUAAAUACAAGCCGCGGCCGCUCCGCGCGCACAGUACAGCACACCCGCGCCCGCUCGUCCACCCGCCGGGACUCGCCGCCCGCCCGCAGCCAUGCCCUUCCUGGGGCAGGACUGGCGCUCGCCGGGGCAGAGCUGGGUGAAGACGGCGGACGGCUGGACGCGGUUCCUGGAUGAGAAAAGCAGCAGCUACGUGAGCGACCUCAGCAGUUACUGCAAAAAGGAGGACCGCAAUAAGGAGAAUCUUUUCACCGGCAUGAACUAUGAUGUUGCUGCCAAGAAGAGAAAGAAGGACCUGCUGAAUAACAAAACCAAGAUUCAGUACUUCCAUCAAGAAAAAUGGAUAUAUGUUCACAAGGGAAGCACAAAAGAACGUCAUGGCUACUGUACCUUGGGAGAAGCUUUCAAUAGACUCGACUUCUCCAGCGCUAUUCUGGAUUCCAGAAGGUUCAACUAUGUUGUUAGGCUGUUGGAGCUGAUAGCAAAGUCUCAGCUAACAUCACUGAGUGGAAUUGCUCAGAAAAACUUUAUGAACAUCUUGGAAAAAGUGGUGCAGAAAGUUCUUGAAGAUCAGCAGAACAUCAGGCUAAUAAAGGAAUUGCUUCAGACUCUCUACCAGUCACUAUGUACCCUGGUUCAAAGGGUAGGCAAGUCGGUUCUGGUUGGAAACAUCAACAUGUGGGUGCACAGAAUGGAGGCUAUCCUUCACUGGCAGCAGCAGCUGAACAACAUCCAAAUCACCAGGCCUGCCUUUAAAGGAACAACCUUUACCGACCUGCCACUGUGUUUACAAUUAAAUAUCAUGCAGCGGCUAACUGAUGGGAGAGACCUUGUCAGCCUUGGUCAAGUUGCCCCUGAGCUGCAGGUGCUCAGUGAAGACCGACUGCUAUGGAAGAAACUCUGCCAGUACCAUUUCACAGACCGACAGAUUCGCAAACGGCUUAUUUUAUCAGAUAAGGGGCAGUUGGAUUGGAAGAAGAUGUACUUCAAACUUAUAAGGUGUUACCCAAAGAAAGAGCAAUAUGGAGACACACUGCAGCUCUGCAGACACUGUCACAUUCUCUCCUGGAAGGGUACAGAUCAUCCUUGCACAGCCAAUAACCCAGAGAGCUGCUCCAUUUCGCUUUCACCACAAGACUUUAUCAACUUGUUCAGGUUCUGAACGCGGGGUCUUCACAGCAUAUUAGAUUCUUUUAGAGGACACUUUAUGCUGCUGAGCUUGGACACUCAACUUGUAAAUAGUGUAAAUGUCUGUGAUGGUUUGAAGCUCCUGAGGCAAAUGAGAAGAGGAAUUUGAAGACAAGAGGUGAAAUUGCUCGCUGACACUCUAUUUAAGUAGUAACAGACUCCAAACAAGACUGGUGUGGAAAGCAGCAUGUUGUAAAAAGUUCCUUUUCUUGAUCAGAGUACAAGAUACAGGACAGAAACUUGAGUCUCAGUUUUAGAAGUUAAAACUGAAUUUUCCCCUCCGCUCCACUCCUGGCCAUUUGAACAUUUUUGUUGUUUUUUUCAGGUUCUAAUAAUUGAAAAGGAAGCAAUAUGAGUUGAGGACUAUUGAACUGUUCCUCCAUCUGGUUGUUAUUUACAACAGAUAUUUAUAAAUAUGACUUUAAAAAUAUUUAUGGGGAAAAACAUCCCUCUGACAAGUUUUAAUAAUAUUUGUGUGAGUUUAAAAAAAAUUGGAUACAUUCUGAAAUAUAUAUCAUGUAUAGGACUUUAUCCUACUUAAAAACAAAAAUCACACACCACACCAUUUUCUACCUCUGAGGAAGAAUAUCUUUCAGCAAAAAUCCAGUGUGCAAUGUGAACUUUUGUAUUUUGUAUUUUGAUUUAAAGGGAACUGAUGUUUGGUGAGUAAGCAUUUUUCCUUCACAUUUUAAUGCUUACUUUUUACAUUGGUUUUCUUGCUCUACUCAGUGCUUGAUUGCCUAGACAAUAGGCACCUUAGAAAUACCUAAGAUUUUUACUCCAUCCUCUUUUGAAUUUGUUUUAAGAUUAAGCAAAAAAACACACCAGGGUGUGGUUAUAUUUAACAAGGGAAUGUGAUGGAUUUGAAGGGACCAGAUCUAAUCUCUUACAGUGUAAAUAAUUAACAAUAACUUCUGAUUUCUAUGGAAUUAUGCUGAGUUUACACUGAUCUGAGAGAUUAGGAUGUGGUUUGUUGGGCCUUGGUUUGGUUUUUUGUUUUUGUUUUGUUACUAUCAAUAUACACUACAUUACGUAUAAUGUACCACAUGCUCCCAUUUAAAGUCAAGUGGAAUUUCAUCCUCAAGGGAAUCCUAAUGCCCUGAAACUGGUGCAGCUUGGAGAAGAAUCGGACCCAUUAGCAAAACUCCAUGGAAGCCAAUGGAAUUGUACCAGACUACAUUCCCUGAGGAUCUGGCCCAUGAUGGUUAUCUUGAAUGCGGUUAGUUUGUAUUUGAUGUAACAGCAGAAGUAUUGUGGAAAUCCAGCUGUGAAUUCCUACUAAAACAAGGAUGCAACCAGUCCUGAGGGUGAGUAGGGGAUUUCUGACUUCCUAACUGGCAUCCCAUAGAAAUGGAAAAGACUUUAUCUUGCCUAUUCCCCUGCUAGUGCCAGAGUGCUUCACAUUGUAUCUAGGCCUCAAACCAAACCUUGGUCCUGUUUUGAGUUCAGCUGAUUUCAGCCUGACCUAGGUUUGGUUCUCAGUAUUCUACAAUACUCAUAAACUUGUGGAUUUUGACCUCAUGUGAAUCUGGCAGAUUCCAGUUCAUGUACAAAAGGUUUUGGAGGAAAAAAACCACAUAGAAAAAUCUUUGCAGUUCCAUAGCAGAGUUCACAUAUGGCACUUUCUCUUUUGUAAGCAAGGCACAACAGAAUGGCAAAUGUUGUAAGUUGAAUGGUAUGUACAAAGGAAGUGUGAGAGAGGAGUACUCAGGACAAUUCAGGAAGAACUACUUGAGUUAGUUAAAUAUUCUGUUCCUUUUUUACAUUUUUUUUUUUUUUUUUUAAAUAAAUGAUCUAUAACACUUUCUGCAGCAGCUGUUUAAUAUAUAUUUGCAUUUUUGCAAACUGAAUCAAUUUUUGCUCACUCUUGGAGUAGAUGUGGAAAAGAAAGAGGUCCAGUGAUUUGGAUCGAGUAUAAAGAAUAGGGACUAAAGCCCUGAUAAAGGGAGAUGCUGGUUUUGAGGAAAAUGGAUAUUUUGCUUCAUUCCAAAGGCAAAAAGUUUUGUUCUUACAGAAACUUUUAAGAGCCAGGGUGUGAAUCCUCCCUGGCAGAGAGCUCAGCAUUAUCCAGAGAAGGGUUAAAAAGUGUCCAAGAUGGGGAAUUCGUUCCAGUCAUUUUCUCCUCCCGUCCAUGCCCUCCAUCAAACACUGGUGAAAGGAGUAAUUAUGACUUUAAUAUUAAUGUCAAUUGAAAGUGGUAACAAGCUGGUUAUCCUGGAGAAAUGAAUCUCUGAUUGUGGGUGUUAGCGUCACAAGUAAGGAAGGUAACGGAGGCCACCUUCUCUCAUUCAUGCCUGUUCAGCCAUCUGUGACACCAUUGAGGUUGUCCAGAUAUAAGUGAGGCCAGGAUUUAGCUUGGUGGAAGUGUUAGGGGCAAGAACUUGAUAGUAAAUGAAGUGCUGCCAUUGUCUGCAGAUCCUUUUAUUCCUUUCUCUAGCAGCUAAAAGUACUUCAGUAAGCUUCUGUUUUUGAAGGCCUAUUUCUUCCCCACUCAUAGAUUCAUAGAUGUUAGGGUCAGAAGGGACCUCAAUAGAUCAUCGAGUCUGACCCCCUGCAUAGGGGGUCCUCCAAUCCCACUACAGUACUUUGCCUACUCCCAGUAAACCAGUCUGUGACAGGGAAGUAAAUGUGACUUCCCAAGCAAUGAGUGUUUCAGGCUAAAAACAAAUCUUUCCAUUCAAGUUUUUAUUCGAGUCUCUCUCUCUCUCUCCUUUGUUAAAUUCACUCGGUGUCAGAGUUAACCUCAGGGUUUGAAUUCUGGUCCUGCGUUUCCUGUUCCACUAGCAUUAGAGGGCUACAGUGUGGAUUUAGAGCCGUGACUUGGCAUCUUCUGAGCUCUAGUGCUCUAGUCCUGGCUCUGCUACUAUCUCCUUUCAGGCAGAUUGCCUACUCUCUGCCUCUCCCCCCGAUCCGUUAAGGGAAGAUAACCCUGGCCCCACACCUCACAGUGCCCUACUGCUUAGUACAUGCUCAUUAACCAUUCUAAGUACAGUCCUGAUCUCAAAGCAUUACACAGGCAUUAUCCUAGGGCCCUUUCUUAACUGUUACACUAGUUCAGAGUGACAUUUGUUUCAAGACUGCCUAUAUAGCUACCCAAUGUAAAGCCUCCAAGACAGAGGCUUAGAGCAUGAAAGCAAACCUAAUACAAAAUAUUAAGGAAUGUAACUUAUUAAAUGGCUCUGCUAGAGAAAGAAAUAGAAAUGGAAUCUGUCUCGGACAGCAGCUCUGGUUCCAACAAAGCCUCCGUCUUUUAACUGAGAUGCACAAGUGAAUGAUGCUGAAUUAAAUAAUUAAAUCUAACAAUGCAGCACCCUUACAUCCAAAUCUUUAGCUGUAGAGGUUCUUAUGGCUGUCACAGUAGUUCUUAAAUAUGACGUUGAUUUUUUUGCAAGUGAUGAGGUUGCAACAAACCAAGCUUUUUAAAAGGAAAAAAAAAAAAUCAAGUAUCUUGGCUUUUUCUGACCAUUUACAAAGGCACCGAUCUUCCAUUCAAGCAGCUUAUCUACACUGCUAAUACAUCUGCUUGGCUUGGAGAGGCAGGAUAGUGAAAACCGAACCCUGGGUAAGCAGAUUGAUAUACGGCUGCCUUUGCACAGAGACCUCCUUAUUUUCAAGAUGAUUCUGGCAAAGUUAGCGGAAAAAGAAAACAGGCUUUUAUCUGUGUUUUGGAAAAUACAAUAGUAGUAGUAAUGUUCUCUGCAAAAAAAAAAAAAAAAAAAAAUCAUUUUGGUACAUUUUGUGGAAGGUUCCUGUUAGGAAUGCCUCCAUUUCAACACUACAAAAAACAGCACAGGUUUGUUAGCCAGCAUAAAUCCAGAGAAAUUCCACUGAAGACAAUGGAAUGACUCUGUAUUUACCAGUGCAGCUGAGCAGAAUGUGGCUGUGUACAGCAACUUAAAAUAGUCUUGUACAGUGGAGGGGGCUUAGGAAGGAAGAGUAGACCUUGCUUUUCAGCUUCCUACAAGAGGCACAUAUUUGAGUGAGUUUUAAUGACAGCCACUUCAAGAGGCAGGAUUUCAGUUGUACAUAACUUGAGCAGCUUAUGCAAAGUAUGGUAUCUUUUUAAUGCUGAUUAUAAACUGUGUGCACCUCCUCUUAUAUUGGGUUUUUUAACUUCUUACCUUUCUUUUUUUUUUUUAAGAUACUUCUGUUUUGUAAAGUCCUGUAGGAAAGCUUGUAUUGCUCUGUAGAUGUGCUUCAUAUGUUUAAUUGCACCAUACCACUUUCUGUACAUAGGAAGGUCUUUUAGUCCUCAAUUUUUUUUCAGCUCCUAUAGUGACUAAAUUUUGUGUUCCCAUUGCUGUUUGGCUUUAAUUACUCUUACAAAGCUAACUGCUUUUAGAACAUACGCAGGUAGUAAACCAGCUCUUCCUGCCUAGCUAAUAUUUUGGCCACUACUAGUUACCACUGAAAUAGACCAGGAACAUUUCAAAAGCAGUAAAUUACUUAAUAAAUUUUACAUGAUUCAUGCAUCAGAUUUUCUGUUCAGGAUGAUAAACAAUCAGUGUUCUUUAGGGGAUUCUUAGUAGCCUGGUAUACAGCUUCUUUUCACAGAUCAGCACCUUGCCAAGAAAAACACAAACCUUGUAGAUUAAAGUGCUACUCUUGCUAGCGGCUUAUUGGCAAAAACACUGCUGUGGAUGUGAUGGCUAAUCAAUCUAAAUGCCCCUGUUACAAGAUUUGGUACUCUGAAGUUCAGCUUGUUCUGUCAGAGUAAUGUGUCUUGACAUGCUAGCUGCUUGUAAAUCUUUAAUACUUGUUAUGGUUCUUUCAAAACUCCUGGGCAUGUGACACACAUUUGACUGGCAUCCAUGCUACUGCCAGUGUUUAGUGAACUGGCUCCCUUACUGCAUCUGCGGAUAAGAAUUUUUCAUAAUGGAGCCCAAUCUUAAUAUACUCUAUCCCUUCACUACCAGUAGUCAGCAUUGCCCUGGAUCGCCCAAGGCUUUGCAGAAUCUGGCCCCGAAAAGACAGCAUACUAGUCCUGUCCUUGACGUAUGCAAUCUCCAAAGGAGUCUCACAAUGCCGACUUAAAUCAUUCCCUGUCCCCAACCUGCUCUGGCCUUCUGCAGGCCAAACUGCACUUUCAUUUAGGUGAUCCCAUUGCUGUGAAUGAAGGUAAAGAUUAUCUCUCUCUUUAGCCAUUGCUUGCUGUCCACAGUGCCAACAGGUCAGCUCUGGAGUUAACACUUUAAUUUGAAAAAAGCAAGUGAAAUAAUUUUUAGGAGCUAGUCAACAGUAAUAAUAAAUACCUGAUUUUUAUAUAUGAAAAGAGCUUGUUUUUCUUAAGAACUGUAACUAGCAAAGGUAUGAACUGAACAGCAUACCUUGUGUAUUAAGACUUCUGUUUAAUAUUGUGUGACUUUUAAAUCUUUCCAUAUAAAUUAUUUGCACACACUCUCCUUGCAUGUUCAACUCUGAUUUUUUUUUACAGCUGUUUCAUGCAAACAGUGAUGUAUUUUUGUAAAAUGUUUUUGACACUGAAUUGCAAUAAAUGUUCAAACAAUGUGAA